CCGGUUUCAAUAAAUUCGAUAUACACCUUCUUGUAAGUUGUAACGUAAUUAAAAGAAACAAAUGUAACGUCCUCAUUUACUAGGAAGAAGAGAUUUGCUCUGUUUUUCUCUGUUUUAUUGCUUUCUUAUCUCACUCUCUGCCCUAGAUCUUCAUCUCAGAUUUGUGUGUGAACUAUUCAUUACAAUGGCGGAUACACCACAUUUCUCUUCCUUUGAGCAUAAGUUUCUUACAGGAGAUAAACCACUUCUCACUCUUGAUGCUGAGUUCUUAAUGAAUCACACGAAAGUGUUACUAAUAUCGGAUGCGUCGGACAGAGUUUGGAAAGUGAAACUGGAUGGCGGCAGGCUCGCCGACGGCUGGGAAGAGUUCGCCGGCGAACAUGGAUUCAAAGACGGCGACGUGUUGGUUUUCAAACAUCAUGGAGAUGAGGUCCUUCAUGUAUCUGUCGCUCCCCGAUCUGUUUCCAGUGACAUACAUCACGCUUCGUCUAGCCACGUUGAUACUGAGGUUACUUAUAUUGAUGCUGAUGAUGGAGAAGAAGAAGAAGAUGAUGAUGAUGAUGAUGAUGGAGACGAAGAAGAAGAUGAUAAUGAUGAUGGAGACGAAGAAGAAGAUGAUAAUGAUGAUGAUGAUGUUGGGGCCGGAGAUAGAGCAAGGAACAAGAAACCAGAAGCAGAUUCUUCAUCAGGCCAGUCUUGUUUCAUCACAGGAUGUGUUACACGUUAUAGCCUCAGCAAGGAUCGUUUGGAUCUUUCUAGAAAAUUUACGGCUUUUUUUGGUGAGCACCUAAAAGCCAGUGAGAUCGAUGUGAUAAAUGAGCAAGGGAGAAUAUGGGAAAUGAAACUUGCCAAAAACAACUCAAGUGGUGUGUUUUACAUCAGAGCAGGCUGGCAACACUUCUGCUCCACUAAUGAUCUAAGACAAGGAGAUUUUUGUAAGUUUAAACUUUUCCAAAUUGGGGAAAGGCCUGUGCUUUCACUGUGUCCACAGGAAUCUGGCAAUGGCCAUAAAGAGAAGAGAGCGUUGGAUGAAGUUUCAAAGAGAAAGGAGAAGAAGAAGGCUCCUUCACCAACUGUGAUAAUAAAGUAUACACCUAGCCGUGACUAUACCGGGCAGCUAUCACUUCCAGUGAGUUUCACAAGGGAGAAUGGCAUUAAUAAGGCUGGGGACGUGAUUCUUCUGGACCAAGAUGGAAGAAAGUGGUCAUCUUAUCUACAGAUAACAGGGCUUGGAAGAGACGUAAGUGAAUGGUUUUAUUUGAGAAAAGGUUGGAGAGAGAUGUGUGAACCAAAUGGAGUGAAGGUAAAUGAUUCGUUCAAGCUGGAAUUGAUGUGGGAAGGUGCAAAUCCUCUGUUUAAGUUCUGCUCUAAGAUUGAAAACCAUGAUUACAAGGGAAAAGGAAACCACACAACUCGUAGGAAGAGAGCUUGUGAGACUGCUCCACAACCAAGGAAUGUGAGAAAGACUCCAAGAGUAGGGGUAGAGGGACAAGUUAAUAAGAGAAGAAGUCGCGGACCAGAGCAUCAAGCUGAUGAGGAGAGAGGACGCACUCAGGUUUCAAACAGAACCAACACUAUCUCAAGAAAUUUUCUGAGCGCGCAACCACAAUCAUGCUCAGUCUCGGAUCAAGUUGCUAGUGUGAAACAGGGGAUUGUAGAUACUCUGAACACUGUGAGACAGUGUCAGACCGAGCUUGAGACAAGUGAACAGAAUCUACAAGCCUCUUUGCUAGCAAUUGAUGCGUUAGGGGAGAGGAUAUGGGGAAUCAGCAAAAUCCUCAGCAAUGAUCUGGUUUGAAGUGACACUGAAGAUGGGAAGAAAGCAACAAGGGUCUUGUGCAAGCACUUUCUGUGUCUUGAAUCAUUCAAAGGUGGAGUCAAGUAGUUUCACUAGAUUCUUCUUCUUACUCCACCAAACUAAACUGCGUUUAUUCUGUAUUUGAGAUUUGCAAGUUCUAGAUAUUGUCCACUUGAAAGUUUGUAGUAUGGAAGGGUUUGUGAUUUGCCUUCUUGUAUUAAGGAGUUAGAACUUGAAAGUUUGUAGUAAGGAGUUAGAACUUUUGUUGAAUUAGUAAUUAAUUACUUCGGUGUUUAUACGUCUUG